GUUGAGGUGAUCUAUUGCAAUUCGAUUGUAACAUUUUUGUUACUCAGAAUCCCAAAUUUGGUCAGAGUGACUAUAAAUGGAGAGAUUUUCUUAUAGAGAUCAUAUUCUGUUUGGAUUGGGGCACAGAAGUCCCCGGAGAUCACUUGGUAGCACCGGUUCUUCAUCCAGAAACUCCGAUGAGGAUUUCAGUGACGUAUUUGGUGGCCCCCCGAGGCGUUCUUCAGUCCAUAGAUUGCGGCACAGCCUUGGUAAUACUCCGGAUUCCUAUGCGAAUGGAGUAGAAAGAUCAGAAGGAGAAGGAAAAGUACUUGUCUCUCGGAGUUCAUGGUCUGUUCUGAAAGAGAAGCCAGUUUUUGGUGAGGAAGAUCUUGUCCGGAGGAGAUACCCAAGUGAUGAUUUCUUGGACGAUAUUUUUAGAGGUGACCAGUCUUCAAGCCCAACUCCUAGGAAGUCUGAUCGGGAUACUUUCUCUUCAACGCCAGCUUCUAGGAUCCAAAGCCCUGUCCGCCCGUUGGCAUCUAAACCUGCUCAACUUCUUGGCCCUUCAUCACUCCCUAGACAGCUCAGCCUACCUUCAAAGUUGGCCAAAGGGAUGGACUUUCUGGUGUGCGGUACUUCUCCUAGUUGUAGUCCUUAUAGAAGCAAGGAUGGUGCUCAAAAUGCUUGUUUUGCAUCUUCCCCAUGUGCUAGAGUUUCAAACCAAAUGAUCCUGCAGGGACAAGAGGAUUUGAAAUUUGAUGCUCCGCACUCCUAUCGCCAGAGUCCUUUGUCACAUGAGUUUCCUCUUAGCAGUGGGGAGUCAUCCAAAGCCACCAAAUGUGGUAAUGAGGAAAAAAGAGAACACAGGAAAAAAAUUUCAAGUCGUUCAGAAAUGCUUGAAGAACAAUGUCACUUUUCUAUAUACAAAUGGGCAAGCAAAGGAGUGCCAAUUGGGAUGCCUUUUAGGGGAGGAAAUAUUUCAAGCUCAAAAGAGAGGGGUAAUGGCUCAAGUAGUUCAAGCUCAAAAGAAAGGGGCAAAAGUGAGAUUGUAGCAAGUGAAUUAUCUAUAGAGAUUCCCUCUCUAAAUGAUAGAACGUCAUCCCUGGACAGUUCGUUUCACAUUGAAUGUGAAAAUCAAGGCAGUAUUCCGGUUCUCAAUUCAGUGGCUGCAGAUACAAUAGAUUCAUUUAGGUUUAAGGAGAAACCUGGAUCUCCCAAAUCUGAUAUAGAACCACCUCUAUGUCUUGAAAAUAUUACCACAGAAGUCCCUCAUAGCCUCACAACAAAGAAAGAAGUAAAAGAAACUAAUCCUUUUUCAGGUGUGUCUGGUUCUUCACCUGGCAAAGGUUUACUUGGAGGUAUAAAGAAAGAGGAAAGUGUCUCCAUGCAGGAAGGCAAAGCUAAAUCAAAAUCUUUACGUUCAAUGUUCUAUGAAAAUUCUGAUGGACAAGGGAAGGAUGGGAUGGUAAGACCGGCUGAAGGAAAAAAAGACAAAGGUGGCAGAGUUGAAACCAUUGUUACAUCAUGUGAAAAUAUUGCUGGUGGUAAAAGGUUAGAGACACAAGAUAAAAGAAAAAUCUUGGAUCUUGCAUCUAACAGUGGCUUGCAAGGUACAGUGGAAAAUUCAAGAGACAAAUUUUUUGGGAAUAAAUUCAAAGAAAAGAUAAAAGAAUUUGUCAGAGUUUUUAAUCAAGAAGCUCCUCCAAACCACAUAAUUAAUGUUGGGACUCAAGGUUUUAGAUGGAAAGAGAAGGGCACAAGUGAAGCAGAUGAUGGAGCACGUGAUUCUGCAACCAAGGCAGAUGGGAAAAAGAAGGUGACCAAUUUGAACAUGGACAAAACAUUGACAAAUGGGCAGGCCAUGGUAGAUCAAACUCUGGAACAACCAGAGAAGUCACAUUUUAUCUUGAACAACGGCACCCAAAAAGCUUAUGAAUCAUCCUCUGGAAGGACCGGUAACUCAGCAUCAUGUUCUGAAACUCUUCCUGGAAGUUUUGAGGCACCACUUGUGACUGAAGAGGAAUACCAUCGUGAAGAUCUUCAAGGCAGCUACUUGGUAAAAGAACCAUCUCCUAACCAUAACAGACAACAACAAACUGUUGAAUAUCAUGAAGAAAUCCAGAUUUCAGAUGCCAGAAUACGACAGUGGUCAAAUGGAAAGGAAACAAAUAUCCGUGCACUGCUAUCAACUUUACACUAUGUUCUUUGGCCUGAGAGUGGAUGGAAGAGUGUUCCCCUUGUCGAUAUAAUUGAAGGAAAUUCUGUGAAGAGAGCCUAUCAAAAAGCAUCACUGUGCCUGCACCCAGACAAGCUACAACAGAAAGGUGUUGCACCCCAACAAAAAUACAUAGCAGAAAAAGUCUACGCCAUUUUGAAGGAGGCUUGGAUUCAUUUCAAUUCACCAAGUACAUUUUGAUUGUAGCAUUCUUCACAAACAUCUUCUUGCAGUCAACAUGAGAAAGUUAAGUUAUUGGUGUUAUCCAACAUGUAUAUAUCGUUAUACUGUACAUACAUAUU